AUGGCCUUGGAUUGGCAUUUCCAUCCUUUUCUUUUGCUCUUCAUCAUUUUUACCCUCCAAUUUUCAUUGACAUCUUCAGUAUCUGAAUCUGAAUCUUUGAUCAGGCUUAAAAAAUCAUUUACCAAUGCUGGUGCUAUUAGUUCUUGGCUGUCAGGCUCCGUCCCUUGCAAUAAACAAACUCAUUGGCAUGGAGUUGUUUGUUUCAAUGGAAUUGUCACGGGUCUUCAGCUCGAGAACAUGGGCUUAUCAGGAACCAUUGAUGUCGAGGCAUUGGCUAAUAUGCAGGGACUCAGAAGCGUAAGCUUUGCUUAUAAUUAUUUUACAGGUAAAAUUCCUGCACUCAAUCGUUUAGGCAAUUUAAAGGCUAUAUACUUGAGAGGGAACCAGUUUUCCGGUGAGAUUCCCUCAGACUUCUUCUUUAAGAUGAAGUCGCUGAAGAAGGUUUGGAUUUCGGAUAACAACUUUUCUGGAGGAAUUCCAUCAUCAUUGGCUGAGUUGUCUCGGCUUGGCGAAUUACAUCUAGAGAACAAUCGAUUUAGUGGGACUAUUCCAUCUAUCGAUCAACCAACCUUGAUGUCAUUUAAUGUAUCAAACAAUAAGCUGGAUGGGGAAAUCCCACCUAAUUUAGCAAGAUUCAAUUUUAGUUCCUUUAGAGGAAAUGAUGGUCUUUGCGGAGAAAAAAUUGGUAAAGGGUGUGAAUUGCAAGGAUCAUCAGAACCACCUACCGAUGUUGGGGUAGAUGCCAAUAUGAUGGUUAGCGAUAAUAAAAGAAACAGCGUUACGAAGACAGUCGCAGGGUUUGUAACUCUGGCUGUGUUGCUUGUUUCAAUAAUAGCCGUGGUUAUCUUUAGAAUGAGGCGAAGGGACAAGGAUUUUGAUGCGAUUGAAAAUAGAAGUAGUGGUGAUGCAGCAGCACUUGAGGUGCAAGUUUCGUUGUCGAAUAGACCGAAGGAAAUGGAAGUUGCCAAAAAGAUGGGAUCAGGCCGCAAAGGAUCUAAUCAUGGCAGGGGUGUUGUAGGUGAAUUAGUUAUUGUGAACAAUGAAAAGAGCGUAUUUGGGCUACCAGAUUUGAUGAAAGCUUCAGCAGAAGUGCUUGGAAAUGGAGUAUUGGGGUCUUCUUAUAAAACGCAGAUGGCUAACGGAGUUGUGGUGGUGGUCAAGAGAGUGAGAGAGAUGAAUACGUUGUCCAAAAGUCAAUUUAAUGCAGAAAUCAGAAAGCUUGGAAGACUGCAUCAUCCUAAUAUUUUGACACCAUUGGCUUUUCAUUAUCGACCGGAUGAGAAGCUGUUGAUCUAUGAUUUCGUGCCCAAAGGCAGUCUGCUUUAUUUGUUGCACGGUGAUCGAGGACCAUCACAUGCUGAGCUCAGUUGGUCUGUUCGUCUCAAGAUUGUUCAAGGAAUUGCAAAUGGUUUGGGCUAUCUUCAUACAGAACUUGCUCCCUCUAACUUGCCUCAUGGCAAUCUCAAAUCAAGCAAUGUCUUUCUCAGCAAUGAUAACGAGCCAAUACUUUCAGAGUUUGGAUUAAGUCCCCUGAUUAGCCCCCCAACGUUGGCUCAAGCAUUGUUUGGUUAUGAAGCCCCAGAAGCAGCGGAAUUUGGCGUAUCACCAAAGAGCGACGUGUACUGUCUAGGAAUAAUCAUUCUUGAAAUCCUUUCAGGAAAAAUUCCUUCUCAAUAUCUCAACAAUGCCAGGGGAGGGACUGAUGUAGUCCAAUGGGUGGAAUCUGCAAUUUCCGAUGGGAGAGAAACUGAUUUUCUUGAUCCUGAAAUUGCAAGCUCUAAAAACUCACUUUGCCAGAUGAAGCAGCUCCUAGGCAUUGGAGCUGCUUGUGUUAAAAGAAAUCCUGAGCAACGGUUAGACAUCACACAAGCUAUUCAACUGAUACAGGAGAUAAAAUUGGAAGAUGGUGACUCUGCGGGCAGGACAACGCAAGUUUUACCAUCACUUCAUGAUGGAUAUGCAGAUGCGUCAUAG